AUGAGCGACCGCGCCAGUAAAGCCCUUGUAGAGGCGUCUCUGCCAGGAGAGCCUCGAACAUAUGAUUCCAUAUCAAAGCGUAGUGGAGUGCCAUCCAGUACUCUAUACUAUCGCGAUCAUGGCCGUCGCUCGAGAGAAGAGAAGGCCCAAGGCCAACAAUACCUCAUUCCAGCGGAGGAGAAAGCCCUUGUAAUACAUAUAAAACAGAUGGUUGACCUGGGGAAUCCUGUACGAAUCAAGUACAUACCGUCCCUCGCCUUUAGUAUCGCCCGCCGGCGCUCCACCACAAGCAGACCGACGAAGCCACCGCAUAGGAACUGGGCUCAAGCCUUCCAGAAGCGUCAUCCAGAACUAAAAUCACGACGGAUGAAAGCAAUGGACUGGAAACGCCAUAAGAUAAAUAUAUAUGAUAAGAUAUUACACUGGUUUGAAGUAAUUGGGACGGUCUUGAAGGACCCGGCUAUUUUGCUAGAAAAUGUCUAUAAUAUAGAUGAGACAGGAGUUAUGCUGUGCAUGCUCAAUUCUGUCAAGGUCCUUGUAAGUAAAGACGAUCGGCGAGAUUAUAGGCGUCAAGCGAACGACGGUGACUGCCAUAGAGUGUAUUAGUGCAAACGGUAGGUCUUUGUUACUAAUGAUUAUUUGGCCGGCCACCACCCAUCGAAGUAACUGGACUACCUUCCCCACGCCUGGAUAGCAUUAUGCGUGCUCGGAAUCUGGAUACACCGACUCCAAGAUUAGCUUUGAGUGGCUCAAGCGUGUCUUCGAUCCCCAGACCAGAGGACAAGCUAACAACAAACCACGAGUGUUGAUUUCGGACGGCUUUGGAGCGCACGAAACCCUGGAAGUGUUGGGGUUCUGCUUUGAAAUAACAUUCUUCUUUGUCAUCUCCCCCCCCAUACUACCCACAAACUUCAGCCUUGUGAUGUCGGAGUCUUUGCACCACUUAAGGAAGCCUAUCGAGAUGAGGUUGAUCGGCUAUUUCGAGGAGGUAUAACCACAAUUGGCAAGGAGCAUUUUACCUCUGUGUAUAGCCCUGCAAGAGACAGGGCGUUCACAAAGAGAAAUAUCACGUCCGCAUGGGCGGCUGGUGGUUUGUUUCCUUUGAACCCAGACAGAGUAAUGAGGAAAACACCGAAGCCCCCCCCUCUUUUGACUGUCCCAACGGCCGGUGAUAUGGAGGUGGGUAUGUUCUAACAAGAUGAAGUGCCACAAACGCCUGCAACACCAGUAACAGCAGAAGCUAUUAUGUCGCUACAUAACCUAAUCAAGCAGGAUACCUAUACCUAGACGAGACAAGCAUGCCGCAGCUACAGAGGCAUAUACAGAAACUUGCUAAAGCCGGCCAAACAUCCAUUGCCUAACGUGCCUGUAACGAAUACUCAAACUGGCUAACUAAACUUGGCUGGGUGUUCGCUGGUUGGUAUGCUAUGAUAAGAAGAAGACUAUCGGGUUGUUCACUUGGAAGUGAACUCGUUACUUGUAUCAAAGAUGUCAAACUAAUAUGAUAAGAUUGAUAACUAAGUUGAGCACGAAGCUCCUAUCUAAUGGCAGACGUGCCAGUCUUAUAUAGAACCUUCAUGUUCCUGUGCUAGCUUGCUAGCCCAGUCGCCCUGUCUAGCACAACUAGUCACGUGAUACGAAUGGAAUGAAAUCCAUGGAUCGCUUAGCUAGUCUAAGCAUCCCUAUUUGCUAUAAGAGAUAUGAUAGUGCUCGACCUGUCAGGACACCGCCUGGUCUUCACUCAUCACAUGCUUACACGUGAUUCGUGACAGUGCCCUCCUCGAAGAACAAGAUUUACUCCUGACGAGUAUAAACGACGAGGCCAAAACCCGUCGUUCAACCAAGUCCGUAGUGCUAGGGAAGGGACAGGGGAAGGUAAUGAGUUUUGAGGACAUUGAGGAGGCACGAAAAAAACGUGCUAAGAUAGAUGCUACGAAGGGUAAAGGGAAGCGUGGUCGGAAGCGCAAAAGUACUGUGGUCGAGGCGGAUGAGCCAGAUACAGAGGCGGAGGCAGAGCCAGAAGUAGCACAUCCUGCGAAAAAGAUGAUAACAGGCAAGAGGAAACGCGGCCGGAAGCAUCAAAGUGCUAUACAAGAUACAGAUGAGCUAGGGCUAGCGCCUGAGCUAGACCUAGACCCAGACCCAGAAGUGGCACAGACGCUCGAAGCGUUAGUACCACGGAGAGCACCAGUGGCACGUAUGUAUUAA